AUGUCCUGCUGUUGUUUUGACUUUCUGUCUCCAGCUGAGGAGGUGGACGUGGUGGUGGUGGGUGCCGGUUUGGCCGGCCUGGCCUGUGCCCUGCGUUUGCACGAUGAGAAUCCCAAGCUGCGCUGUGUGGUGCUGGAAGCCCGGCAACUGGUGGGCGGACGCGCCUCGCGAGGUGGAGCUGAUUGGGUGCAUGGGCAGCAUGUGGCCACCUGGCGAUAUCUGAAGCGCUUCAACCUUCAGACUGAUGGCUCCCAAAAUGGCUGGGACAACUAUGUCCCUGGAGGGCCUGAAUGCUGGAUCUAUGUUGAUGGCAAACUGCGGGGACCUGAAGAAGUUUCUGCAGAGCCCAACCGGUUGUUCUUUGGGAAGUUCGAGGAACUCAUUGAGAAGUGGAUCCAAGAAGGACGGGAAGAUGUUCGCAUGUCCACUUUGGCCGAGGAUGCCUUUGACCGUCCACCUACCGCAGACGAGCGUCGCUUGAUGGAGGGGAUGAUGGCCGAAUGGCAUGCCGCUGAUUUGGCGGAUGUGGGUGUCUAUGAGGACGAUCUGUAUAGCGAACGGAUUCGGCAGUUGGCCGUAUCCCGACCCGAAAUUUUGAGCGAGGAUGGCGAUGAGGGGCACUGGCGCAUCUUGGGGGGACAUCAGGGGCUGGCCGAAAAGAUGGCUCAACCGUUAGAUCUUCGCCUCGGCAGUCGGGUCGCCGCCAUCCGCUGGUCCAGCUCCGGUGUCCGGGUGAAGCUGGCGACGGGCGCGGAGCUUCGAGGCCGCUGCGCUGUGGUCACGGUGCCACUGGCGUGUUUGGAGGACCUGCAGUUCCACCCAGCGCUGCCGGAGAGGAAGCAGCUGGCCAUCAAACGGCUGGGUAGGGGCAUCACCACCACGGUCUACUUCCAUUUCCGCGAACGUUUUUGGCCGGAGAAGAUGGCCUUUCUGUUUCACAGCUUGUCCUCGCAGGCUUUUUGGCCUGGGCGGAACAGGACGGUUCUGACUGCCUACUUUGGAGGUCAAACAGCCAACGCGCAGCUCCUCCAGUUGGACGAUGCUCAGCUUUCGCAGGAGAUCCUCCGGCAGAUGGCGGAGAUUUUUUCGAAGCCACUGGCGGAGCUGCAGCAACUGCUGGUGAAGAGCGAUGUGCGACGCUGGGAUAACGAUCCCUUUGCCAAGAUGGCUUACUCCUACUGCCCCGUUGGCACGGCCCCUUUACGCGCCGAGCUGGCUGCGAGUUGUGGUGACAGGCAUCAGUUGCUGUUUGCUGGCGAGGCUACACACCCCACCAAGGCCAGUUUCGCCCAUGGGGCGCUGGAGGAAGGCGAGAGGGCGGCGAUGGAGGUGCUUUUGGAGGCGUCCCGCAUUGCGAUGGUCAAAGCGGCUCAGACAUGCACCCUGACACGCAGCCGCAUCAAUAGUGCUGACGCCAGCACCGUGGCUGAAGGCGAUGACAACGAGAGCGUCGGGCCGAAAGGCGGUGAGGUUGGCACUGAUGGAAACUCCCGGCCGUUGCCGUUGCCCAUGACCUUGACGGGUGAGCCAUGCAAUGUGGAGGAGCUUCGAGAAUCGGCUCACCAGAUCGCUGCUUUGGCACCGGUGCGCCCUGACAAUGGCUGGGUAUGUGCCAUUUGCCUGGGAGGCAGCAAUGAGCCUCAGGGGGACUUGGAGGUCAAAGGUUGCCUUGCUUGGCGAAAACUCCCGUGCGGACACGUCUUUCAUAAGAGCUGCGUCCUGCCCUGGAUUCGUGUGGGCAAGCCUUGCCCCUUGGGUCGCUGCUCUGUCCCGGCAGCGGCACGGGCGGGGAAGCGGGAGAUGCGCUUCCUGCAGUCCAAGAGCGCCUGGCAACUCCUCCCUGACGAUGUCGUGGCGCGAGAUCUCUUGGCGUGUGGGCAAGAAGCACCACUUCGCCCCAGGGUGGUCCAGGCAUGA